CGUUCAUUGUCAUAGAGAAGAAUAUAGAUUUUGUUCGGACAUGGCCGCGGUUUCGGCGAUACAACACUUGCAAUGUUUUGUAUAUUCAUAUUCAUUUUUUAUAAUGAAUAAGGUAUUUUAUACUAACAAGUAGUGUUUAGUUAUUUGUGUAUAGUGCUGUGAUAUUUGUAAUGGAUGCAGAGAACGGAUAUGAAUUUAAAAGUGAUGCAAUUCAGAUGAUUGAGACCAUUCAGUCAAUGAUAGACGUUUCGGCUGAUAGACUGGAAGGAUUGAGGACACAAUGCUCGACCAGCGCAGAACUGACGCAGCAGGAGAUCCGGACUCUGGAGGGUAAACUAGUGAAGCACUUUUCCCGACAAUUGGUGAUAAAAGCUAAUUUCGGUGAAGAGUUGCAGGGGGAACUUCGUGAUGUGCCCAGUUUGAGGCAGUGGCUUCGAGUUGUAGGCUUAAGCGUGGAUGCUAUUGAGGCCGUAUGUUCGCGCGUAUCAUCGCUUGAAGCCCUACGCGAUAGGUCAGAACAUGAAUUGCGGGCGAUUUUGUGCGGUGCUAGAGAUGAGGAAGUUCGCCGUUUGGGGCGGGCGAUGCAAAGGCUGCGAAGCUAUACAGAGGCCUUAGCACGUGGAGAUGGUGGUGUAGACUUACCCUUAUACUGGGACAGUUGGGAACAGAGACAUGGAAGAGGGUCGCCACGAGCAAGGGAAGACCGAAAUCACAAGAAGAACGCUAAAAUACAAGGGAAUGGUGGUAAAUCACCAACAACCCCAGUGGGCAAGCGCAAGCAGAACUCUCAUCUACCGGCACCUGAUGCACUGACAAAAUCGCGAUCACACGAAUCGCAACUCUCUGUUAAACCUGAUGCCUCAGACCACAGCGACAACAGUCAGUCAUCAGCAGUUGGCAACACCGAAGGCUCUCCCCCGGCCUCACCGAGGGAACCAGAAAUCGAAUACACGCAGAGAAAUAAUAACACGCACCAUGGAAGUCCGAAUGUGGGAAUGGGCGGUCCCCGCUCACCCCGCGUGGGUAACACAGCCCCCAUGGGCCCUGUCAGCGUGGGCGGCUGCAUGGCCCACGAUAUAGCCCACCGCUUCACUAAGACUUUCAAUAUGAUAGCGACAUGCGAUUUCUGCGAUAAGCAGAUGCUCUUCGGAUCCGGUCUCAAGUGCAAGGAGUGCAAGUUUAAGUGUCAUAGAGACUGUGAGAGCAAGGUGCCGCCAUCUUGCGGGCUGCCGCAGGCUUUUGUGAACGCUUUCAAGGAGAAGUUUCACAAAGACGGUAAGAAGUACAGGUUAUUUAAAGGUGGUUACUACAUUCCGUCUCCGAGUGCGGGUCGUGGCGUUGUGACGUCAGUGACGCCCACAAGACGAGUGCGACCGCCUGCCCAGCAUCAUCACUCGGGCAACCCAGAUUCUUCGUCGACAAAUUCUUCAUGCAACAGUUCCACCCCGUCCUCCCCCGCCCUUGCCCCUGCACCCCCCACCCCGCAGAGCCAUCAUCAUUAUCAGCUCAAUGCGGGUCGGAGGUUUCACUUUCCCGAUGUUAAACCGGCGAUAUCAAGUCCAAACCACACGUCAGCAGUCCAGUCUCCCGCGAGGACCACGACCGAUAGUAAACAGGACCUUACAGCUAGUAUAAGAAGUGAUGGUUCGGGCCGCGUGUCCCUCAGCGGUUCCGGAUCGACUGACAGUAGUGGACCUGGGAGAGAUAACUCCGUAGACCUUCCCUCACACGAUGACAGAUGGCCAAGACAGAAUAGUUUAUCAAUGAAAGAAUGGGAUAUACCAUACGACGAAUUGAAACUAUACGAAGUAAUAGGGGCCGGGCGAUUCGGUACUGUGUACCGAGGGAGUUGGCACGGCGCUGUAGCGGUCAAAGUCUUGCACGUGCACGCACUGAACGAUCACUGUGCGCCGUUAGAUACGUUUAAACAUGAGGUGGCAACAUUCCGUAAAACGAGACACGAAAACCUAGUACUAUUCAUGGGUGCGUGUAUGAAACCGCCACGGCUCGCAAUAGUGACAUCAUUGUGCAAAGGGAUGACGUUGUAUACCCACAUUCAUUUAAGGAAAGAUAAAUUUACAGCAAACAAGAGUGUAUUAGUUGCACAACAGAUAUCACAGGGUAUGGGCUAUUUGCACGCGAGAGGCAUUAUCCACAAAGACCUGAAGACGAAGAACAUCUUUCUGGAGAACGGGAAAGUGGUCAUCACGGAUUUUGGGUUAUUUAGUGUCACCAAAUUGUGCUUUGGGAAUAAUGCCCGUGGAGACAGCUUGGGUAUUCCGUCAGGCUGGCUCUGUUACUUGGCACCGGAAUUGGUUCGCGCGUUACGACCUCACGCCUCACUUCAUCUACCUUUCUCCAAGCAGACGGACGUGUACGCGUUUGGUACGGUCUGGUAUGAAUUGUUAUGCGGGGAAUACCCGUUUAAGGGUCAGCCUGCUGAAGCUAUUAUUUGGCAAGUGGGCAAAGGGGCGAAACAAUCGCUUGCCAAUAUGCAGGCUUCUAGGGAUAUUAAGGAUAUCCUAAUGCUCUGCUGGUCGUAUAGAGAAAGCGAGCGACCGGAUUUCCCUCACUUAUUAUCAACACUAGAAAAGCUUCCUCGAAAGCGUCUAGCUCGCUCUCCCUCACACCCGGUACAUCUGUCUCGCUCGGCCGAUUCCGUUUUCUGAGAAAGGCUGGCGGGCGCGCUUUGUGUAAGGCCCUAACCAAAUUUAUAACCUUCUUUAUAUGUGAUAUCGCCCUGGUCCUUCUACAAUCCCUUAUUCAGACUGAUUUUAACUGAAGUAAUCAUCUCUUUCUGUCAAAUUGUGAUACGCUGUGAUGAAAAGGGAUAGUUUAAUACUUAAGUAAAAAUGAUGCAAUAAUUAGACUGAUCAUUUUUUAAUUGACAAAAGAGUCUUUAUAUUAUUAUUUUGACUAUAACUCGAGAAAAGCACUGCUCUGUUGUGUCACUGUUCGUUUUGUUCAGGUUAGUUAACUUUGUCUGACCAAAAUAUUUUUUUAUUCACUGGCAAUCAAAUCCAGACACAAAAACCAGUGGGGAAGCAAUUAUAGAAAAAUAUUUGUUAUUCAAAGAUGAUAAGUUAAGUCCUUAUUUGAAUGGAUUUUACCGACCCUUAUCAAGAGAUACUUUUGUGGUUCCUAAAUAAUUUUAUGUUUAAGUAUAUCAUUCUUGUGUUAUGUUUUAUGGGUAAGCCCUUGUCUAAUUGUUACAUCAAGUGGUUGAACCAUAGAUAUACGGAAUAUUUUUAUUUAUUCUUUAUGUCUAUGGAUUAUACAGACUACUAGCCUUAUUCACAUACUUAACUUAUUCUACGGUUAUUUUUUAAGCCAAGCCUGAAUUUUUUGAGUAAUAUAUGCUAUUUAUAAACUCUACAAUUAUGUAGUAUUUUGGAAACCAGGCUAUAAGCUACUUGUGACAAUUUAGCUCCACAUCCUUAGACACACAAGAAAAUUGCUUAUUUUAUUAAUUCAUAAAAAUAUGACCAUUUAUAUUAUGUAUGAGAACAAGGCCAGUGCACAUUAAACCACAUUCAAUUGGUAGAAUUAGGACCAUUUACUACAUAGAAAAACCUAUGUAUUAAAAUUAUCGCAUUAUAAAAAAAUUUGGUAUAUAAUCAAAGUUUGUUGGGGAUUCUAAUAACACAAAGCGCGACGCAACUUGGACUUUUAUGAAUAUAUCUGUAUAUAGACGAUUUUGGUAAUGAAUAACGAUAAUGUAUAUACUUUGGACUAAUAUCAUAUCUUUAGGUAAACGGGUAUUCGCUACUUACAUGAGUUGUAUGUUCUGAUCUCUACAAAUUUAUUUUUACUGUGAGUUAAUUUUAACUGUAACUGUAAAUAAUAUAUAGAGAUCUAAUUAAGUAUGCAAAUUUCUCAUUUUAUUAUUAAAUCCGAAUUACACUUAUUUAACAGGAAUAAUCAACAAUUUUCGCUUACACCUUGAAUUGUGUCCCUUUAAAAGAAUAUUGAUAAUUGUAAAUAUAAGUUGUCAUAAAGUAUUUUGACUUGUUCAAUAAAUCUUUUGAAUGUAUUUUCUAUGUAAAUAUGGUAUGCAUUAUUGUAAAAAUAAUAUAAGUAUUAUUUAUUUUUCUACAUUUUCGGUUAAGGGGACGUUCAAAUAUUACGUAAUGCGUAAGGUGACCGUCAACAGUAAUUAUUAACUUUUUUACACAUAUUACUCACACAUUGUCUAUGCUUGGAUGCGAAAUGCAUUUUCGAGGAUUCCUACAAAAAAUUAAUACAUACUAUUAUUUUGGAGAACUUUGCU